GGAAAGCGUUCUCCGCGUAGAGCUCGCCGACCCGCCGGGCGCGUUUUCACAAAACGUGUCAUCCAAGCUGUGUAUUAAGUGAAGUUCCGCGAAAUUUGGUUUUGAACUCUCUGCGGUUAGGCCUAUAUUACAUUCAUUGCCAGGACUUGUUCUUGUGAGGGAGGGGAACCAAGAGCAGCAAAGUUUAUUCUUUAUUCCGAUUCUGUUUUUUUUUCAGGAUUGAUAAUACCCCUGGGCCUCUGAAGGACUCAAAUUGAUCUGACUUCUGGUCUUCUGCAAGAUAAUACAUUAGAGAUGGGAUCGAUUCUGCGGGGUUUCAUUUUCAUUUCUGUGGUUGGUGCAUUUGUUGUAAUGGAUGCCUGGGUUGCAGCAGAUGCGGCCAGGUAUUCGAGAUUUGAAAUGAUGCCUACUGUAAGAUCUUCUCGGGCCAGUUUACGCGACCCGGAUUCCUUCAGAGAAGCUCCGGCGUUUCGCAAUGGGAAGGCAUGUCCUGUUCGGAACGGGUCGUUUUGUGCGGCAGGGUAUGUGCACAUAGCCAUGACAUUAGAUGAGGAGUAUUUGCGAGGAUCCAUGGCCGCCGUUUUGUCUGUUCUUAAACACGCCUCUUGCCCUGAAAGUUUCUUCUUCCAUUUUCUGGUCUCUCAUCAGGACCUGCAAUUGCAAAGGGUGGUGCAAUCGGCUUUUCCUUAUCUCAACUUUGAGCUUUAUGUCUUUGACGAAAACCUCGUGAGAGGCCUGAUUUCGAGUUCUGUUAGGGAGGCCUUAGAGAAGCCUUUAAAUUAUGCGAGGAUUUAUCUGGCAGAUAUUCUGCCGCCUUGUGUGGAGAGAGUAAUUUAUCUGGAUUCCGAUCUUAUUGCAAUAGAUGACAUUGAGAAGCUGUGGGGGAUAGAGCUUGGGGAGAAUCCAAUCGGAGCCCCUGAGUAUUGCCAUGCCAACCUGACGAGCUAUUUCACAGAGGCUUUCUGGUCCGAUGGCUCUCUGGCCAAAACAUUUGAGGGAAGGACGCCUUGUUACUUCAAUACAGGGGUAAUGGUGAUCGAUCUUUUGAGAUGGCGUCGCAAUAAUUACAGGGUAAUGGUGGAGGAGUGGAUGAAAAUCCAGAAAGAGAAGAGAAUUUAUGAGCUUGGCUCCUUGCCUCCAUUUCUUCUGGUUUUUGGGGGAAUGGUGAAACCCGUGGAGCACAGGUGGAACCAGCACGGCCUGGGAGGAGAUAAUGCUGUUGGAAGCUGCCGGUCACUGCAUCCGGGGCCGGUGAGUCUGUUACAUUGGAGCGGUAAGGGAAAACCCUGGCUUCGCUUGGAUUCCAGAAGACCCUGCCCUUUGGAUACUCUCUGGUCUCCCUAUGAUCUUUAUGUUCAGCCCCUCUCUGCUUACACUACUCAAUGAAGCAUUUUAUCCAUAAUAAAUAUCAUCAUUUACAGAGCCCAAGCCUCGCCGGCCGCAGUGCUCCUCAAGGAUUGAACAAGGAAAAGCUGGGCUCUAUGUUUACAAGGAGUGAGUGCUUCAUCAUUUUGCUCUUCGCCACAGACUGGCUGGUUGUCUGUCUGGGAUUGUUCGAAAAGUUAUACACAGGUUUUGUGUUUUUUGUAUUUCCAAAUCCCUGCCUUGGGGGGCCGGAUUUCACAGGUUUCUCUGUCAAUUUUGUACUUAGCCUCUCUCUCUAUAUAUAUAUUCCUCUGCUUUCUGUUCUUGUAACAGACAUUUUGUAACCUGAAACCCCCUGGAAUUUAAAGUUGCCAAAUAUAUUCUCGAUUCUUUCAUUUUGUGAAGAAAGGAUUCAUUUACUAUGUAAAAUGGUGGACAAAAGCGCGUUCAAUGUAAACCCGCGUAUUUUGUGGAAUGAAGAAGUACGAUUUGUAAA